AUGCCGAGUAUCCAAGGAUUCAGCACCCAGAGGGCAAGAUCAUACAUCUUUCGCUUGCCUUUAUUUACCCGUGCUAUCAUCCUCAGCAUAGCAUGUUUCUGGCUGGCUACUCUGCCCGGCUUCUGGGAUGUCCGGGUCUGGGGCUCUCUGAUCCCGGACAAGAUCUCUUUUGCGUCAGGAUACCGGCUGAACACCUUUCCUCUCAUUCACCUGAACUUCAUCCAUGCCCUCCUUAACGCUAUUGCAUUGACGCCGUUGAUGGAACGAUUCGAAAGCGAAUAUGGAACCCUGACUACACUGGCACUCUUUUUUGGACCUCUAACCACGAUUCCUGCGGUGUUGUAUCUCCUGAUUGAGAUUCUCGUCCUUCGAGCUAAUAAUGCUGUUAUGGGCGCUAGCAUGUGGGUAUUUUUGCUUUUGGGCAUGGAGGCGAUUCGAACAUACAAGUCGAAUCCGUAUCUGGUUAUUGGAACAUACCAGCUCCCUACCUGGACCACGCCAUUGCUUAUGAUAGUCGUUGUGGCUGCAUUGAUGCCGAGCACCAGUUUACUAGGCCAUCUCUGCGGCGUUGGAGUUGGUUAUAUUGCUGGCCUUGGCUAUGUAAAGCUGCUUGCCCCUCCGGAAUGGGCACUUCGAUGGGUCGAGUCUCGUUUGAACCUCCUUGCGAUAUUGCCGCACUACGUCAGCGUUGAUCAGAAGACAUACGGAAGAUUUGGCGUUUUGCCUACAAGCAACCGCGGAGCAGGGUCCGCACCGAUAGAGCUAGUAGGAGGAGUGGGAAGCAGCUCUUGA